AUGAAUGUCCUUGUUACAGGCCCACCUGGCGUGGGAAAGACUACGCUGAUCAUACGCGUUAUGGAGCGAGUGAAGGAGGCCAUUCCUUCUCUUACCCUCCGAGGGUUCACUACAGAGGAGUUGCGGAGAGACGGCGAGCGAUUUGGCUUCGACAUAGUCACAAUGGAGGGCGCACGAGUGGCUCUCGCUCGCGUUCUCCCAUCAGACUUCCCUUCCCCUCUCCACACCAGCACGGCAGCUGAAGAGGACAGGAGGAGCAGUGGGAGUGGGAGAUGGGGGCGUGUUGGCAAGUACACUGUCGAUGUUGCUUCUGUUGACCUUCGUGUGCUGCCGCUUCUCUCCCUCGCCUCUGCGCCGCUGCCAUCCUUGACCUCUUCCUCACUCGCUCCACCCCAGCCAACAGCCCCAUCCAUACAGUCACAAUCACAAUUACAAUCACAAUCACGAACAGAAUCACAAUCCCCAGAAGCAACACCACCAGAAGCAGCAUCUCGUGCCGAUGUCAGCAGCAGCAGCAACAGCAGUGCACAUGGCACGUUGUGGGUGGUGGACGAGAUUGGAAAGAUGGAGCUGCUGUCCACCCGCUUUGCUGCUGCCGUCACUGCCCUGCUGGACGCGCCUUUGCCCCUCCUCGCCUCCAUCCCUGUGCCCACGCAUGGGAAGGACUUGCCUCAAGUGGCAGCUAUUCGCGCCCGUCCAGAUGUUUCCAUAGUGGAGGUGUCGCAGAGCAAUAGGGAUGAAUUGGUGCCUUUGCUUACAGGCCAACUGCUUGCUCUCAUCCGUUCCUCUGGAGGUGUAAGGAACUCUGACGGCUCCACCGGCGGGAAACCCGCUAAUGCUGGUGACGCGGCGCUCAGCGACAGGCCGGGGGGAAGCGGCGGAGCUGGGGCUGGCGGAACUGCGGCGAUCCUCAUGGAUUUCCGCGCACCUUCCGCCGGAGCUCCGCCGGCCCCCGCGCACGAUGCGCGCUCCUCGCGCCCGUCUUCCUCCGCGUCCGCCUCUUCUUCCGCCUCGUCCUCCCCCUCCUCCUUCACGCCCCCCUCCGGCCAUCCCUCCGUGUUUUCCGGCGGCGCAUCCGCCGCGCCUCCCGGCGGUUCUUCCGCCGAGCGCAUCCGGUUAGAUCUUAUGCCUCCAUCUCGCCACCCGUUUCCGCCUUCCGCAGGAGUCGGCGGAGCGGGUGUGCGCGGGGGCCGCCACACCGCAUCGCUGGACCUGGAGCGGAUGCGCGGGAUGGGGUUCGGGGGAGAUGGCGCGGAAGGGGGAGCAGGCGCGGGGGCGCACGGGGGGGAAAAGUCCUGGGGGAGAAGCAUGAGUAUGGUUCCCAGCCUAGGGCGCGCGGGUGCCGGGGGGAGCGGCUUCGGGGGAGGCGGUGGGGGAACCAUUGGGGGAAACUCCCCCGCCGGAGCUGGAGAGGGGAGCGGGGGAUUCUUUGGGGGAGUCCGCGGAGCCCUGCGCGCAGGGGCGGUGGGGAAGCCGUCCGCAGGGGGAGGGGGAGUGGGAGGGGGAGGGGCAGGGACCGCGAGUCAGAACCUUCAGCAGGCGGGGGGGCUUCAGGCGCGCGCGGGGGGGAAGCGCGGAGGCGGAGGCGGAGGCGGAGCCGGGGCAGCGGGGAUGGCGGAGGCGACUUGCGAGUGGUAUCGGGGGGAAGGGGGCGAGACGGUCGUCGUGCUGCCACGUCAGCCGCUGACCGAUACACUGAUAUUCGACGACCCUGCCACGUCAGACAUCCGCGUGGACGUGUUCGCGCGUGACGGGUCGCUGCACGCGUCUAUCGCCAUGCACUCCCAGGUGCUCCGAGAGCAAUCGGAUUUCUUCUUCUCUGCUCUGCCACGUCGGCCCACUAGAGCAGCGGGCACUGCUGCUGCUCAGGCCUACGUAUUCACCCUCCGUCUUUUCUAUCACGAGCCGACCAUUCUAGAUGAAAUCGUGGCCGUUGGAUCCAUCUGGCGCGUGCUCGACAUGCUCGUCGCCGCCGCGGACCUCCAAUUCCACGCCGCCACGUCAGCAUGCGUGGAUUUCCUCGAAUCCGUGCCGUGGAGCGAGGAGGAGCAGUUGGGAGUGGUGCGGCUGCUGUCGGUCCUUCAGCUGCCUGACGCCCGCCCGGUUUUGGACCGCCUGCCCGUGAAAAACCUCCUGGAAGAGGAAGCAGUUACAGCCGCAGUUCGCGUGCUUCUACAGAGGGGUUUAUCUUUGUCUCUCUCCCUCUCAGGCUCUGCCUCCUCUCCUGGUGUGGAUUCCAUCAGUGACUGGAAUUCUCUCUCUCGCACUGCAACUGCUGCCGCCAUCACCCGUUCUGGCAGCAGCAGCGGCGGCGGCGGCGUGACUGUUUCUCCACUUCUCGGCCCAGCAACUGCUGGGAUUGGUCUCGGGGAAAGUGCAGCUGCAGGAGCAGCAGCAGGCAUAGCAGCAGCAGCAGCAGCAGCAGCAGCAGCAUCAGCAGCAGCAGCAGCAGCAGCAGCAGCAGCAGCAGCAUCGCCAGCAGCAGCAGGGAUUCACGCGUCGCCGUCACUGCUCGAGCCAUCCCCUUCUGCAGGAGCAGCGCCAGGGUCAUUCCCCACAGCGGACCCGGGGUUCCGCAUGUGCGGCGUGGAAAUAGACUCGGAAGAGCGGGCUAUUAUGUUGUUUGGCUUUAACGAGUUGGUGCUGACCAUGCCUGCUGCUGAGCAGCAGCAGCUGUACGGUAUGUGGAGUAGAAUGCGCGGUGGAAACGGGGGAGGAGGGAAGGGAGGCGGAAGGGGAGAAGGUGGGGAGGGUGGAGGAACUGGGGGAGGAAAGGGGGGAGGAAGAGGAGGAGGAGGAGGAGGAGGAGGUGUAGCAGGUCGCGGGUUGUAUGGGCGUUUGGAUGGGGGGCUAGCAGGGUCGGGAGGUAGAGAUGGUGGUGGUGGGUGGGAAGGAAGGUGUUGCAAGGAGUGUGGAGAGGUGAUGGGGGAUGCGGAUGAUGAUGAGGAGGAAGGGACGUGGUUUUCUUUGUCAGGGGCGUAUAAGAAGUGGCUCACGCGCCUGGGCCUGCCGUUUUCGUCCAAGGAUUACAACACAGAGUUCUAA